CCCACUCAUUGCUCGGUUGUCUCACCAUAUUCCUUAGAUUCAACACAAUUUCCUUUGUCUUCAUCUCCCGAAGACCUCAUACACUAGACAGGAAUCUCAAGCAAGCAGACAGCACAGAUAGAUCUCUUAGUGCUGUCCAUUUGACCAAGAAAGAUCUCUCUCUCUUUUCUCUCUGUUGCACUUGCACAGACAAUACUAUAUAAAGGAGGCUCCAAGUAUCAAACAUAGACAUGCAGAUUCUCCAAUGGUUCUUUAAGGUAACACAUGAACAAGCAAGGGAGAUUAAUACUUCUAGCACUUCCAAUUACAAGAAGGAAACCAUUAAUGAUCAUGAACCAAAACCAGAAGAUAUAAUUCUGUUUAAGCAUGCCCGGGUGCGUCGAAGAUUGAUUGAAGUUGAAGGAAGUGAAUUUUGUUGCAAGAAUUUCAAGCCAUUUAAAAUUUUAUGCAGGAGAGAUAUUGCAAAGGCUUGCUUCUCUAGCACCCUCAAGUUAAAAAGACUAGGAAGUUUUAAUUCAAGGAAGUGUGGGAUCCACUCAAUGAAAAUGAAGAAAGAAGAUAUUGCUCGAGGGCUAGGAAUGAGUCACAAGGUGGAUUCUUCUUCUCAUGCAGGAAACAAAGUUUUGCCAAUAAGUGAGACCACAUUGUCAUCAUCAACUAACACAGAUGACCAAUGUGGCAGCACAUCAGAAAAGAAAGACAGGCUUAAGGGAGACAAAACCAAAGCCAUGUCAAGAAUGAAGGAGCUGCUGAGAUGGGCUGCUGCUGCAAAAUCAGAGAAGGGAGGAAAAUUCAUUGGUAGAAAGGUUCUACAAUUCCGAAAUCGUGGUAGCCUAAAAGCAGUGCCAGAUGAUGAUCAACUUAGCAAUGAUUCUCCAAAGAUCAGUUUCAGGUGGGAUGUGGAAAGCUGCUCCACCACUUCCUCUGUCUACUCUGCGUUUUCUAUGGCUUCCUCAUCUCAAAUUGACCAAAACAGGAACAUUCCAUCAUCAAAUUCAACCCCUUUUCAAGACAACCAUCAUACCACUUCUAGAAAAGGAAAUUGGAUCACUACAGACUCCGAUUUUGUGGUGCUAGAGCUAUGAAGAGGAGAGUUUAAAGAUGAUCUUCCAAGGUUAAAUCAAAAUCAACUGUAGCAUUCACAUUCGACACAGCAAAUUUACUCUCUAUUUUAACUAAAAAAAUUACGUUUCUCUGUUUUAGCUAUCAACUUUUCCAAAACACCUACAUCUGACACUCUAUUUUAGCUAUUCACUUUCACUAUUCUAUUUAAAUAUUCAUUUACAAGGAUUUCUUUAUUCUUUCUUCGAGAGGGGAGAGAAUGUUAGAGAUUUUUAAAUGCUUUUUUUCACAUUUGGUGAGUAAACAUUGUUCAUCAAAUGUUUCAGCAUUUUCUUGAGUUGGAUGUAAUUGUAACAUCUUGACUGGCCAAAAUAACGUUUGUAUUAUUUUGACUAGCCCGAUGAAAAUGCUCUUAAGCUUUGUAGUUGGAUGGUUGUUGUUCAAUCUAGUUCCUCUUAAAUAUCAGAGCAAUUUAAUGUAACAUCAAUUUAAGGCUAUGAAAUGUACCUACA